UGUGGUUAAAAUAGGCUAUAAAUUCUUACAGCCAAAAACACAAUCACAUUUAUUGGGCAUCAACUAGACUUAUAUUGACAAACUAUGUUCAAUAUUAAUAAACUUAACUAAAGAAAGAAUCAAACGUCGAAUAUCGUUGUGAAGUACCUGUUUCGUAGACAGAUAAACUAAAAACUUAGUUUCUCUAUCUACGUACUAAGUGUACACCCUGACACUCGCACAGUCGCAGACGCACAGAUGAGAGAUACAAGAUACAGUUACAGACUACAGUUACUCCUAGCGGAGUACUCUUGAGUUCUUUCUGAGUACAUUUUACAGCCAGAUCUAACAAUACUGUGACUUAUUAAACGAUUUGAAACUAAUUUAUAAUAUUGUUUUAAUAACAUAACUUUUAAGGAACGCUUAAAAAGAAAUAAGUUAGAUAUUUAACCAUGCCUAUAUUUAGUGGACGUUGUUACAGUAAUGUUAAAUUGACGGGAAAAACAGCCAUAAUUACAGGUUGUAAUACCGGCAUUGGAAAAGAAACUGUAUUGGAUUUUUAUAAAAGAGGGGCUAGAGUUAUUAUGGCUUGUAGGAGUCAAAAAAAAGCAGAAGACGCGAAAAUUGAAAUUGAACAAAAAUGUCAAGAUUUGUCCGAAAAGGGUGAUAUAAUAGUAGAAAAAUGUGACUUGUCAUCGCUGAAUUCAGUAAGGCAAUUCUCAAAAAAAAUUUUAGACAAUGAGCCACAAAUAAACAUUCUGGUGAACAAUGCAGGAAUUAUGAUGUGUCCGCAAGGAAAUACCGAAGACGGGUUUGAAACACAAUUUGGUGUUAAUCAUUUGGCACAUUUCCUGUUAACUAUGAUGCUUAUACCUCGUAUAAGGAAUAGCACUCCAGCAAGAAUCGUAACCGUUUCAUCCAGAGCUCAUACUAGACAGGGUAUUGAUUUCGAUGAUUUGAACUAUAAAAAUAGACCAUACAAUGCAAUGGAGGCAUAUUCACAAAGCAAACUAGCGAAUGUCUUGUUUACAAGAGAACUAGCAGCUAAAUUAAAGGAGAAUAAGAUUGAUGGAAUAAACACCUACUGCCUCCACCCGGGAGUCGUAAAAACAGAACUAGGUCGUCAUUUAGAUCAGAUUUGGUUCAAGGGAUCCAGAAGAAUAAUAGGCAUUCUAUUAAAACCUUUCAUGAAGACUCCAGAACUAGGUGCUCAGACAACUAUUUAUUGCUCUGUUGAUGAAAAAUGUGCUAAUGAGACUGGGUUAUACUACAGUGAUUGUGCAGUCACAGAACCAGGCCUAAAUGCUCUCAAUAAUAUUUAUGCCAGAACAUUAUGGGACAAAUCUCUAGAACUUGUAAAGUUAAAUGAUUUUAACCCAUUUACAGCUAGUGACCCUGGAAUAGUUAGAAAAGAAGUUGUUUGAUUGUGUGUAUCAUUUUCUUUUUUGUAAUCCGAGAUUAAUUAUGCAACAAUGCAUUUAUACACAUUUAAUUUUUAAAUUAUUUAAUGUAAAAAUAUUUUAAAACAAAAUAACUAAUUAUUAAAUAAAUAAACAUUUAAAAGGUUGCCUU